AUGGUGUCAUGGAAAGGGAUAUACUUUGUACUUGCACUAUUCCUGGGAAGUUUUUUUGGAAGUAUCUUCAUGCUCGGUCCUUUUCUGCCUUUGAUGUUUAUCUCUCCGGCCUGGUAUCGCUGGAUCACCGACUGCAUUGUGGCCACUUGGCUCACACUGCCCGUGGCCUUGCUGGAAAUGGUGUUUGGUGCCAAGGUGGUUGUCACUGGAGACGGAUUUGUUCCUGGAGAAAGAAGUGUCAUUAUCAUGAACCAUCGCACCCGAAUGGACUGGAUGUUCCUGUGGAACUGCCUGCUGCGAUACAGCUACCUCAGACUUGAAAAAAUCUGUCUCAAAUCCAGUCUCAAAAGCAUUCCGGGAUUUGGCUGGGCAAUGCAGGUUGCUGCCUUUGUUUUCAUUCAGAGAAAGUGGGAAGAUGACAAGAGUCACUUUGAAAAAAUGCUGGAUUAUUUCUGUGACAUUCGUGAACCACUGCAACUACUCAUCUUUCCAGAAGGAACUGAUCUCACAGCCAAUACCAAAGCCCGCAGCAAUGAAUUUGCUGAGAAGAACAGACUUCAAAAAUAUGAGUAUGUCUUGCAUCCGCGAACGACUGGAUUCACUUUUGUGGUUGAGCGUCUAAGGGAAG